AUGUUGACAGAUAACAUGGAAAAAGAAAUUCAAAGAUUACUUCGGAAAGGAGAGAAAAGUGAGCUCAAGGCAUAUCUGCAAAAACAAAAGAUUGAAGAUCUGAAGACAGCAGCAGAAAAAUCACUCUUUAGCAAAAAAGAUGACUCACGUCAAGUCAUCAGUGCUAUUUUGCAAGAACUUGACACUCACAAUGAGGAGGGCCUAGAAAAGUUUGUUUCUGUGUUCAAACACUUACUUUUCCUCCUUGGUAAGGUGGAAUCAAAUAAUAGGCUUGCAGAUGACAUUGUCGGGCUUCUUCUAAUGGAGGCUAACAGGCUGACAGGAGCAGGACUAGUAGAACUUAGCCAGUUCUUUGUGGACAGUGUAAAAAAUAACACACUUCAGGGUGGAAAGGCUAUAAAUGUGUUCCCAAAGAUUCUAUCAGUAAUGGAUUCCCAGGAAUCUAUUGUGUGUUCAGACAGCAGCAUGAAGGGUUCACAAUUCAAGGGCCAUAUCAUCAAUAACCUGUGCUCCUGCAAAUGGUCUUCACAAACUGUACUUCAUCUAGCCGCCAUGUUCAAAGAUGUCCCACUGACAGACCAGGAACUGCAGUUUGUGUUAGAAAAGAUUAUCCGCCAGUUUGAUGAUCUUGACCUUCGAGAUUUACCAUCAUUAGCCUAUCAGCUUUUACUUCUGUGUUCCAAGGGUCACAAAAGAAUGAUCCUAGAGGGUCUUGCAUCAUUUUUUAUUGCCAAAGACACUCUUGCUCGUGGUCAGUCUAAUGUGCUAGACAGUGAAGACCUGAUGGAAGAGACUAUCAACACUGACAUUUUAAGGCAGAUAGAGGGGACAGUCAUUCUACACAUUUCCUUUGCUGUCAUGGAACAAAGGGAGCUUGGACAGGAAUUUCUCAAGUAUCUUAAGGCAUGGCAGUUUUCUUGUGCUUCCAGGGUUUUGACUCCGUUUAAUGUUGCUGUGGCUCUUUCAAUUGUGGGCAUGAACAUACUCAGUGAACAGAUAUUAGAUUUCUUAAAAUCCACUGUAUUAAGAAGUUUCCGUGACAGACACCGCCAUCAGCAGUCUUUCUGGGUUCGGGAAAAUUUUCCAGAACAAGAAGACAUUGAAGAGUUACUUCUUGAAACAGUCUCUAAUAGUUCUUCAGGAUGGGAACACGUUGUAAAAGGCCUUGUACAGCUAGGAUUUCUCCUCAUGGAUAGUUUUGGGCCUCGACUUGUCUUUGGCCGACAAGAAGUGAUUACAGUGGGCCGUCUGACGCCAAACCAGUCAGCAUGUCAGCUGGGAAGCAAAAUCCUGCAAAAGAUGUUUAAGGGCCAUGAAGUUGUGCGUUCUGAUGUCCUUAGCCAGAUUUUCAACCGUGUCAUGACAGAAGGCUCAGCUCCAGCUUCUCAUUAUCUUAGUUUGCUCUCUGAGAUAGUGUUUUCCUGUCCUGUGCUACUGCUUGAAUCACAGGCAAAAGUGCGAGAGGUGUUUGACUGUCUUCCCAUGCUUCCCCCAGAUACAGCACAGGGGCUGUUGGUGGCACUUCUGCCACUUCUUAAGAUCAGCAUGUCCCUAAGAGAUGCUGUUAUGCUGCUGCUGCGCAAGUCCAUUUUUUCACGGCAGCUAGAUGAGAGGAAGGUUGGUCUCCAAGGUUUUCUUGCUAUAUUGAAGAGCUUCAAGGUACUUGGUGGUGUUCCAAGCAGCCAAGAGAGUCAGUCUAGUCAGCUGUUUUACUCUAGUCAGAUACCAGUUGAUGUACACAACCAGUACAAUCGUACUUGCAAUGAGGCACUUUGUUUGGAGGUGUUGGGUAUUCUACAACGAUGUCUUUCCCAGCAGGCAGACAUUCGCCUCUCCCUGUACAAGGGCCUUGUAGAUGUGAUAAGUCGUAAUACACAACUUAAAGCAAGGAUUAUUGAGAUGCUUUUCAAACAGGUGAAGAGAUAUUAUGAACAACAGGCGGAAAUAAUGCCGCCUCUAAAGCUUGAGCUCUGCCUCACAGCCAGUGGAGAGAAUGUGUACCUAGCAGAACCCUUGGCUCAUCUUAUUUCCUGUGUACAACAGUGCAUAACACGAGCAAGACUGAUUCAGGCAAAGGUAACUGACCAAGAUCUUGAUGACAGUGAUCAAGAAGGCUCAGGGAAAAGCUUAGAGGAACUUGAGGACAUGCUGGAUUCUCUCACUAAUCGCAUGAUUCAGGCUGACAUGGAAGAUUUUGAACUGGACAAAGCUGCAGAUUUUUCUACAGCAAACAGUGUAGGAGUACGCAACAAUAUCUAUGCCAUUCUUCUUUUGGGUACAUAUGAAGUGUUGAUGGAGCACAACUUAACUGUUGCCACUUUAAGUGCUGGUGGCAGUGAGCAUGUGACACAGCUUUUCAGUAAAUAUAAGACAGUGUGUGAUGUCCUAAAAGAGAAAAGUGGUGGUGGAAAGAAGGGUCGGCAAGGAGCCAGCAGCCAUAAGAUUCCUAACUCCCUCCUGUCUUUGGCUUGUGUGGUUCACACAUUGGAUGCACUGUUUAAUGAUGAAACACCUAGCCACAAAGAAAGUCUAGAACAUCUGCGAGUCAAUUCAGACUUUGUUGGAUACAUUGUUCUUGUAGCACUGCAAAAACUGCAACAACUUGUUGAUAAAGGAACCUGUGAUGAGACGAACUGCAGUCCACAAAAAGUGUUUGAGUACUGCUGCACAUUAGCCAGAUUAUUCCUGACUCAGUACAUGGAGAAUCAACUAUCAGCGGAAAGCAGGGAGAGAAGUCGAAAGAUGGUUGGAAGCUGUUUGGAAGGAUUGGUUCAUGUAUUUACAUUUGCAUCAGCAAAUGGGGAAGAUGCUAUGAAGCAAUGUCUUGCUGCCAUAGUAAAAACGGAGGAUGACCCAGAUAUACAUAGCCACAUCAAAAGAUUUCAGCGAUUGCUGAAUAAUAUUUUGUCAGCUGAUGAUGAUGAGCGUUGUUUGAAAGAUAUUGGAGGCCUGAUGGCCAUUAUUCGACUGCUGAUGGUUCAUCUCAAACCAUAUGAUCCUGAAUAUGAGCAGGUUGUUACAUGGACACAUAAACUGUGUGUAGAUUAUAAUCUGGAUGAUAUUCCUUUGUCAAAGCUAUUUCUAAGCACCUUAUUAAAGCUUUCCACACAAAUGAAGAACCUACCACAGCUUUUACGUGACAUGAUGCAAGACUUGCACAGCCAGCUUGGGGACAUUGAUAGGGAAGUGACAGUAGAGGACAGGACACACUUUUGCCAGAUUAAUACACGGACUGCCAUCCAUGUGGUUCCUCUUGUGCUGUCAUCUGUUGAUGGUGACUUGGAGGAUACAGACUGGGUCCUGGCAAGAAUGAAGGCAGACACAACACAACAGUUACCAUGUGAUGAGGCAAUUUUGGGUCCAACUCAGCAGGAAGGGUUUGAGAAGCUGAUAUGUGGAAGGAUGAUCAUUCUGGUUCAAGGUUUUCAUGAACUGGUGCAAUCAGCUGUAUCUCUUGGGCCCUCAGUUGCAGCAAUAUUCAAGUCGCUGACUAAACUUUAUUUAACAUUUCUGGGUCUAAUCAAAUAUUAUCUUCAUCUUUACACAACUCGAACAGGUCACGUGAGUUCUCGCUUUGAGAAGCUUGUGAAGAUUAUUGGAACUCACCUCACACCAUAUGUCUAUACCUUCAUAACAUAUGUCCAGACAUUGGAGAAUGAACAGCUCGCAGAAAUCAGUGAUCCAAAGGAUAAGAAGAAGACAAAGGGUGGCAAAACACACACUGCAAAGCUCAAAGUUGGUGGCAAACAGGACAAGAUAAUUCCAAACCUUAUAUUUGCUAUUGAAGAAUUGGAACGUCAUCUGGUGAAGCUAAGUAAAAAGUCAAAGAUUAAUCUGAUGGAAAACAUAAAGACCAGCACAUCGCGCGAUUUUCGCAUUAAUGUAGCAAUAGUACAGGAGUCUCUACAAGUAACAUCAUCUGAUGAAGAAGAAGAGCAGAGGACUGAGGUAAGAGAUGAAAGAGAAGAAGAAAACAGUGAUGUUGAAGAUGUCAGCAAUGAUGAACAGACUUUGGAAAAAAGGAGUAAUGAUGAGACCAAAGACCCUAAGGAAAGUAAGAAAACUAAAGAGAAGGAGGGCGAUGACGAGCCAGAACUGAAGAAACGCAAACUGGGAAGAAAGCAAAAUACAAAAUAGACAAGCAUCCUGCUUCCAUCCUGUUAAAAAAUUAAGUGACCACAACAGUUCAUUGUAUUCAACAUAUAUUUCUAAUCAGUCAUGACUAAAUCGUUUUCAGUUCAGAACAAUGCAAAAUUAAAUUGAUAUUUUAUGUUUGUGAUAGGACUGUUAAGCUAGCUUGAGGUAGUUUUAUCUUCAAUAUAUAUAUUAUACAUGAGCUGUUUUCAUAAACUGACUUGUAGCCUCUGGAUUGGCAUGUACAAAUGUAAUUUAUUCAUUUUUAUUAUUUGAACAGUAUUACAUGCAAAUUACAAUUAUAGAGACACAUCCUCUAAGAAAAAGUAGGCUGGCUUACAGAAGUACCUGUAGUUUUUAAAUGAUUUUCUAAAAUAUACAUCUUUCAGUUCUUCACGUCUCCAUCAUGUUUUCCUCACACCAUUUAGCUGUAUUCAAAAUGUAAUUUCUAAUUCAUAAAUAUGUGUUGAAGUAGUUGCUUCCUUCUUUACUCAAGAAAGGACCCAUGGUUAUGUAGCAAGAAGCAUCCAAAUACAACUGUAUAAUAAUGAUUAUAUUUUGAAGAAGGGCCAUCUGUCCCCACUUGCACUCAUCAUUAAUAUAGUUUAUUACUUCUGUACUGUACAUAGGACAUUAGUGCCUUUCUUUGUAUUUUGUGCAUUAUAAAACUGCAAUCUAGAAAGAAUUAAGUAAUUACAAAUGCCACAAUAAAUCAUAAUUACCAUCAG